UGGAAAAUACCGAUUUGUCCCUUGCUUUCCUGUUGUUCCACGUGGAUAGCUUACUUGCUAUGCUUCCCAAUCUAUCAUAUAGCCUAAGCAUUUAGCAUUCUGUUUUCAAAAAUUGUUUCUCUUUCAAAUUCAAAAAGAUUCCUCACUGAUUAAUCUGCCUGCCCUCUCUUUCUCGAACUCGUCCUUGCUCUCUUUCUCCAUCUCUCUUGCUUACGGCUUCUUCUUCUUCCUUACCCUUUCUUCUUCUUCUUCUUCUUCCUUACCCCUUCUUCUUCCCGUACCUCACAUUAAACCUAACUUUUUGCGAGAUCAAACCCACUGCUCUAACAUCAAAACCACUGCACUUCCACCUAAUACUCCUUUGCCAUCCAGUUCGAUUCCACCGUAUGUAUUUCGCCACCAACGUUGCUAUUUGCCUCAAGGCUGAAGAUAAUAAAUCUGAUUUUAUUACAAGGAUUUUGAGUUCUUCGAAUCUGAAGACAAAGAUCUAUUUUUUACCGCUCAAUGGUUUUACAGAGUCGGAGAUAUUGUUAUUAAGAUUCAUCCAGAGCUUAUUGACAAGAAGAUUGUCUUCAUAUAUGGUGUCAAAGAUGAAAAUCCUCUUCAUUGUAUUGUGACGUAAGUGAAGAUUGCCCUAAUUACUCCUGAUGGAACUGGAGUAACGCCGGCGACUACUAGCACAAUGAAAGUUGGAAAAUCCUUUCACUAUCCUUUGGAAAAGGAAGAAGCUUGUCUCUUUAAAUCAUCUGUGAUUUCAGCGCCAAUGUCAACGCUGAAGAUCGUUGGAAGAACAUUGAUCAAACUAAAAUGGUAUUGAGAUAUAUAUUAUAUGCAGAUGAAGAAAUAAUUCAUGCAACAGAAGCCGGAUCAAACUAUAAUGAUAAUGGCCAUGAGCCAUUGCAACUCUGAGGUACAAACUCCAGCCACGAAAAUUGUAUUGAAAGAAGUUGAUCUUCGGAGAGGAAGGGAGAGGGCGAUGGUGCGUUACGGAGAAUGCGGUGAACAAGGACAUAACCAACUGUCCUGUUUCAAAACUUCCAAUUUUGUCAUGGAGAUCAGAGAAAUAAUUGUUACACGUAACAUGACGUUGGAACCCGAGAAAUCUACAGGCGGUGGAAUCUUCAUUCCCGCAAAGUUCGGAGGGUCUCAAAGUGAUGCUACUACUACUGAACCAUCAAGUGUGGGUAACAAUGGCCCUUUCACAUGCUUCUAUUUUAAAGUGGUUGAUAUGUGGUGGCGAAAAGACGUUUUCGGCCCUGUUCCAUUUAUUGACUCAAUCAACGAAUUGGGUUUAUACUUAAACUUUCUCCAUUUAAAUAGUAAUAAUAAUUUAUUUAACCAUCGUUGUCUGAUGUCUGUCUGAUGAUGUUCAAUCCCCAAAAUUGGCUUACAUUCUAUGGAUUUACCGACUAGAUAUAUUUUUUAUGAUUAUGUUGUAUGACACACUGUACUUGCAUUACGGUAAAUAAUAUUUGAAAGAUUUCUAUA